AAAUCAACCUUGAAUAUAAGGUGUUUAUAAAAACUGGUACACCAGUUUUAAAUUUAGCAGGACUGGUUAAGAAUCACAAUGGAGGUUAACAGAAUAUUAGGUCUUUCAUCAGCUUUAGUUGCACUUUUCGUGUUCCUACCUAAUCAUGUUAUUAGUGGAGAUCCUCCUCGCCGCUCCUCCGAUGACAAAUUUGAUCAUCAUCAGUAUCCACAGCAACCCAUCUACCAUGCUGAUCUUGAAGAUGGCUUAGAGGUCGGCCAUCAUUAUAGUGCCUCGCACGAUUCCACUUUUGGUCAUGAUAACGUCGAUAGUACUGCCAGUUUAUUUCAUUCCGACCACUCCAAGUACCAUUCACAUGAUCCAGAAGAUGAUUCAGAUGAUUCUGGUCAUCACCAUGGGUCCUUCAACAAAUUUGUUCUUCGUCUCCCAAAUAAGCCAUCUCAUAUUUUAACCAUUGGAAAUAUUGAAAUCAAAGAAGUGGAGGAUUAAAGUGAAUUACAGAUGAAGAUUUGUAUGUGAAUAGAAAUGGUGUCAGUAAUUAUUGUUAAUAAAUUGAUUGAAUGGAUA